AUGAUUCCUCAUCGGAGUACGGCUCUCCUGUCCGUCAUCGUUUUUGUGGCACUUUUGCUUUUCAUUUUCUCGUCCUCCCCGGUCCCUGAUGCCACCGCCGAGGAAGAGGUCACAGGCCCAGCGAAGUAUGUGCCCAGACCAAAACUACCAUCAUUAAGCAAUUUCCACCUGCCUUCUUUCCGCCCUCCUUCGCACGAGCAACCCGAGGAACAGAACAACAGCACCCACGGCGAGUCGAAAUGGUACAGCACCUUGGAAUGGUUGAACCCAUUCUCUUCCGCCAUCACCUUGGAUGAGAGCCGCUCUGUCCUCCCUCCCCUUCGCGAGCGCCGACCGAUUUAUACCUACUACAACACGAAAUUCAACCCGAACAAGGCCAACGGGAAAGAUCUGAAGGACCUCCAGAAUGCCGACGCGGAAUUGCUUCUCGCAUGGCGUCGGGCGUGGUACGCGCAAGGAUUCCGGCCCGUGGUGUUGACCCCGGGAGACGCGAUGAAGAAUCCCAACUACGAAAUUGUUCAGAGACUGAAACUUGCGCCUAAGGUUGAGAACGAGGUGUUCGGUUGGCUUGCCUGGGGACACAUGGGCACAGGAAUGCUUGCGGAUUUCCAUUGCUUCCCCAUGGCGCGAUACGACGACCCUAUGCUGUCGUACCUUCGUCGCGGUAGCAUGCCAGAGUUGAUUACACGAUUUGAAAAUAUCAAAAAUGCUCUUUACUCGGCGGAGAAGUCGCGGAUCGCUGAGGCAGUUGAGGCCGCAGUCAAGAAGCUCGAGGAUAAGACCCCGUCCUUUGUGGAUCUAAUUGCCCCAGAGCUCUUCAAGGUUGAACAGCCGCAUGCUUUGGCCUUUUACAAAUCGGCGGCCAUUACUUCCCACUACGCGAGCGUGCACGAGAAGAUGGGCCAGAACCCUGCGGCUGGUCAACUUGCCUUGGUGCAGCUGAUCAAUUCGCAUCUACACAAUACCUUCCAGAAUUCCUUCCCAGCGGGAUUGGCUGUGCUAAAACCGUUUCCUCAGCACACCACUGCCUUGGUGGAGCCUGCUCUCCGGCUGGCAAAGGCCCUUAUCCAGUGCCCCGAGUCGCCGAUUCCCGAAUCUUGUCCACCCAAUCUUCCGGAUUGCCGCUCCUGUCACUCUGCAAAGCAGCCCAUGCGCAUCAGCCAACCCCCGACCUACAAAAAUACCACAUUCCUGUUCACCAUCGGCACCCUUCCCCACCCCUACACUCUGGUUAGCUUGCAAAAGAAGUCGGAUGUGAUCACAACCCCACAGAUUCGCCGGGAAACCGAGCGUGAUGCCUGGCUGUCAGAGGUGACCAAGGAGGACCUUGGACCGGAAUUGGGUGCUUCCUAUCGGGGAGUCGUCUUCAAGCAGGUUGUCGCAGGUGAAGAUGCCGUCGGCACUUCUCUAUGGAUGACCGUGGAAUCUCUCCCCGCGGAGGCUGGGCAAACUCUCCCCUCCGAACUCCUUGAUGAGUUCGAAUGGCAGUUUGGAUUCAAGAUUCCUCGCGGAGGCAAGAUUGACCCUGCGACCGAAAACGACCAGCACACCGCGAAGAGUGCGCAGGAUCGGACUCCGAGCGAGCAAGGAGUCGGCAUUGAGUACGAGCUGAUUCAGAAGGCCCGGGAUACUAUCAAAGACAAGGACACCAACCGCAUCAACAUCAAGGAUGUUGUCGAGGCUUGGAACCUCGCAGACACCGAGGUUUGGCGCUUCGUCAAAGCUUACCGGGCCCGAAGCGUUGUUGAGCGCCAGAAGUGGGAGGAGGAAGAGAAACCUUUUGCUGGCUCGCGGACAUAA